AUGAGUUCCUUAAAACAAUUCAUCCGCAACGUGCGUGCGGCCAAGACGAUUGCAGACGAGCGAGCCGUCAUCCAGAAAGAGAGCGCCGCGAUCAGAGCCAGCUUCCGCGAGGAGGGCCACGACCAUAGCAUACGGCGUAACAAUGUCGCGAAACUGCUCUACCUCUUUACCCUCGGCGAGCGAACCCACUUCGGCCAGGUCGAAUGCCUGAAGCUCCUGGCGUCCCCGCGGUUUGCGGACAAGCGCCUCGGCCAUCUUGCCACGAGUUUACUGCUCGACGAAAAGCAGGAGGUCCUGACACUGGUGACCAACUCGUUGAAGAACGAUUUGAGCCACUCGAACCAAUAUGUUGUCGGACUCGCCCUCUGCACCCUCGGAAACAUUGCGUCUGAUGAAAUGUCGAGAGAUCUGUUCCCCGAGAUUGAGAAUUUGAUUUCAACCGCGAAUCCAUACAUCAGGAGGAAGGCUGCCCUCUGCGCCAUGCGGAUAUGUCGCAAGGUUCCAGAUCUCCAGGAGCAUUUCAUCGAAAAGGCUACCGCGCUUCUCUCCGAUAGAAACCACGGUGUUCUUCUUUGUGGACUGACUCUGGUUACGAGUCUAUGCGAGGCGGACGAGGAAGAAGGAGGCGAGGAGGGCAUGGUUGAGAAGUUCAGGGCAUUUGUACCCGGGCUGGUCAAGACGUUGAAGGGUCUUUCGACGUCAGGAUACGCCCCAGAGCACGAUGUCACGGGCAUAACCGACCCCUUCCUGCAGGUCAAGCUGCUGCGGUUGCUGAGAGUGCUGGCCGUCGGCGACGCCCAUACGAGCGAGCAGAUCAACGAUAUUUUGGCACAAGUCGCGACCAACACCGACUCAUCCAAGAACGUUGGAAACUCGAUUCUUUACGAGGCCGUUCUCACCAUUCUGGACAUCGAAGCCGACUCAGGUCUGAGAGUUCUUGGUGUGAAUAUCCUGGGCAAAUUCCUUACCAACCGUGACAACAACGUCCGCUACGUCGCGCUCAAUACCCUUAUCAAGGUGGUUGCCAUUGAGCCUAAUGCGGUUCAGAGGCACCGAAACACCAUCUUGGAAUGUCUUCGGGAUCCCGAUAUCAGCAUAAGGAGGAGGGCUCUCGACCUGAGCUUCACCCUCAUCAACGAAUCCAACGUCCGGGUGCUCAUCAGGGAGCUGUUGGCCUUUUUGGAGGUUGCAGACAACGAGUUCAAACCGACCAUGACUAGCCAGAUUGGAAUUGCAGCCGAUAAAUAUGCCCCGAACAAGCGAUGGCACUUUGACACCAUGCUGCGAGUCUUGUCACUGGCCGGCAACUACGUCAAGGAACAGAUUCUCUCGUCGUUCAUCCGACUCAUUGCCACCACCCAGGAGCUCCAGACGUACGCUGUGCAGAAGCUGUAUACCAACCUUAAGAAAGACAUUACUCAAGAAAGUUUGACGCAGGCUGGAGCAUGGUGCAUUGGUGAGUAUGGCGAUGCACUGCUCAAGGGCGGGCAGUAUGAAGAGGAGGAACUUGUCCAGGAGGUCAAGGAAAGUGAGGUUGUCGACCUGUUUUCCCUCAUCCUCAACAGCAGCUACGCCACGCAGGUGACUACAGAGUACAUCGUCACAGCUCUCAUGAAGCUUAGCACACGAUUCUCCGAUGCUGCUCAGGUGGAAAAGGUACGGCGCAUCCUGCAAACGCACCAGACCAGCUUGGACGUGGAGGUUCAGCAGCGAGCUGUUGAAUACGGCAACCUGUUUUCGUUUGACCAGGUCCGCCGGGGUGUGCUUGAGAAGAUGCCACCUCCGCAGAUCAAGGAGGAGUCUAGAGUGCUCGGUCGGGCCCCUUCAAAGAAGGCCAAGAACGCCAACAGAAAAUCCAAAAUCCUCAAGCCUACCGAGCAGGAUCUUUUGGAUAUCAUGGAUUCGCCGGCCGCCAUUGCUGCGCCAACAAAUGGAUCCCAGGCGACAAACUCAGAUCUCCUUGCCGACAUUCUUGGCGGAUCAUCAUCGCCCACUUCUGGCUCCCCUGCGCCUCAGCAGUCCAACAUUUCCUCCAUCAUGGACCUCUUUGGCCCAGGGCCAGCCGCCCAGAGCCCGCCUGCAUCCGCUCCUGCUUCGGCCGGCCUGGACAUCCUGUCUGCCGCGGCAUCCUCACCACCACCCCAGCAGCCGCAGUCACCAGCGCCCCAAGGCCAAACAUGGCUUCCGUGCUACAAUGCCAAUGACCUCAACGUGACCAUGCAGGUUCAGCGCAACGCGGCGGGACUCAUCCAAGCCGUGGCUCGAUUCCAGAACACCUCUGGGUCGGUGUCCCUAUCCGGUGCCGGAUUACAGGCAGCUGUUCCGAAGACUCAGAAGCUGCAGCUCCUACCCAUCUCAUCCGAGGAGAUUGGACCUGGAUCCGAUACUACUCAGGUAAUGAGAGUAUCUGGUUGUAAGGGGCCACUACGAUUGCGACUACGUAUCGCAUUCAACCACCCCCAGGCAGGAGCAGUAGUGGACCAGGUGAAUUGGUCGGAGCAGUCGUAAACAGAUGGAUUCUUUGCAGCGAGCGGCUACGUUACUGGAGGCUAUUGAGGCUUAAUAUGGAACAUAAAUAUGGAGGUAUUUGGUGAAGGGGUUGUAGAUAUCAAAAAUCACAGGGAGUAUAAAUGUAGGGCGAUCUGAGGUUGAGAUAGGCAUAAUUACGUAGGAGGCAUCAAUGAGAGUUGGUUUACUCUGUAUGUGUAGUUUCAGGCCGAGGAUGUUGAUUUUGUAGUAUACACAAUACCAUAUUGCAAUAUAAUUCU